CUAAGAUAAAUCUAAAUAAUUUCAGACUUAGACUUGGAUUACAUGGUUUGAAGACAUCAGGUUGCAAAGAUGUAGUGAUUAGAUACUUUGAGUUUUUGGCGAGUCACGUUAACUAAAUUCCACGUAAGAUUGAAAAGUUUUCAAUCUUAUAACUCCUUUGAUGUGAGAGGUAUUGAGGAGCACAACAUUCUUUCAAUUUCUAAGAUGUCCCUGGAUGGAAUUGGAUGGAUGGCACCAAGUCUCUCAAGUUUCCUGAUUUAAAAUGAUAAAGCCUGGAACAGAAAGAACUGGAAGAGCUGUGUGAACCAAAAUUACUUUCAAAUCUCGAAAAACACAAAAAGGAGGGGACUUGAUGCUAUCAGCUGAAUGUAGUGUAUGUGGAAGCCCUGCAGCUCUUCAUCUUCAUUAUGGAGCAGUUUCUUGUUACAGCUGCAGAGCUUUCUUUAGGAGGGGACCCCCUAGACAAAUCAGGUGCAUAUUCGGACAUAACAGGUGCAAAAUAACUCGGUUCAACCGAACCAAUUGUAAACAAUGCAGAUACACCAAAUGCAUCGAGGUCGGGAUGCUACCGGAGAAGGUUGAUGCAACUGUCAACAAGAAGAGAGAGAGAGAAGCACGCUUGCAAUCAUCUAGCCAGGCCCAAGGACUUGUCUCUGCCACCACCUCUGUUAAUCACUGGAACCAGCCCCCUGAGAAGAAUCAGCAACCAGAAAAGAAAUCGAACCCAAGUGAACAGACAUCUUGGUUGACUCCUGGUACAGAUGUGCGUCGGUUGAGUCUAAACGGGGGAGCGGAGAAGAAGAAUAAGGAAACCUGGAGGAAAUCCUGGUCCAGUUCCUCCACAGUAUCGUCAUCAUCAUCUUCAUCAUUGAGAACUAGUUCUGCGUCUAGCAACUCUGGACGGGGUUCUAUCCGGGUUAAGGAUAAGCAGUUUAUGCUCAAGGAAGAGUUCCUAACACAACCAAAUCCAAGAGAGAUGUAUCAUAAACAUUUUCAUGAUAUUGCCAGAAUGCAGAACCUUGUCAGAAAUAGAUUCUCUUCCUCAGAGUCGGAACAGUCUAGGAUGUAUAGACUUGGAGCUAAACCCCAGAGCGCAACCUCGAGCUCUUCUUUUCUCAACCUUCAACCCUGGUUUCCGAACCGGGGAUUCAUGGAUAGAACUUCUCCAGGUAGGUUAGAAGAUCAACCCGUCCGUGAACCUGGAGCUGCAAAUAUUUAUUACAAAAAUCCAUACAUUGAUUACAAUCCGUCUCCCCUUGCUCAUGAUUGGACGGAAUUAAGACGUCCAAUAGUUCAUCUGUCGGAAACCAGAAUUCGUCCCGCGGUCUCAACCCACCCCCAGGGACAGUUUCAAGAGGAUAUGUUUGAGAACUAUUCCCGAAUCAUGGAGGUUCCUGAUUAUCAGACAGUACUGGAACCUGAUACAGAACCUGUUCAUGGUAUUAACCGAUUAUCCUCUGAAGGCCCAUCUUCUCCGUUAAUAGAACCGGAGCAGUCUAGAAGAUUCUAUGAUAUUGAAGAACGUGCGAAUCCGCGUGUUCAACCCCAAGUAGUUCCUGAAUUUAGUCGAAACUUUACCGUAAUCCAGGGACCUCAGUCGAGAAGUUUAAAAUCGGAAAAAAAUGUUUCAGAUUUAAUAUCAGGCGUUUUUGAUGUAAAUCCUCGUCCUAAUCCUAGGGUUGUCCUGCAUGAAUCUCUGACUAGACCUUGGAUUGAAGUACCGGAGAAGGGUUCGCCGGAACAGAUUGAAGAGAGAGAAGAGACUGUUGUUUCCAAACCACAGAUAGAAAACGUUCUACUCAACCAGCUGAUUGACCUUGAAUGUCCAAACAAGAGAAAGUUGACGGAGGAGAAUGAUGAGUUUCCAGCGGAACCUCGAGCUGAACCAACAGGUUCUGGGUCUCCGAUACCUCUGAAGAAGCGUGCAAGGAUGUAUCAGCUCGUGUAUCCAAUAGGACACGGAAUCAAUAAGACUGCAAUGCCCAUUCUAACCUUUACCUUUGAAGAAGAAUUUAUGCUGGUGGACUAUGUUGUACGAAUUGAAGAAUAUCAAAAUCGUAGAUUCGACUUUCUGAUGACUAAUUUUAGAAACUACAAUAAACUACUUGCCUCGUAUGUAACUUACACUCACCUAGGACGAAAAGUCCCCUACAGCAAAGGGAUAGAGAAAACCUUGUUUAAACUAGGACUGGAGUUUACUAAAUCCAACUGCCACAAGAUCUUCAAUGAAAUGAGCUCCCUGGGGUCGGAGGUUCGGAGCACGGUGUUAAACUCGACCUACCCUGCUCUAUACAUCGUAUUCUUCUCCAUACUAGAGGGAAAUACUAGAGAAGCCACAUGGUUUCAUCAACAUAAGAAAACUCUUCAUAUUACGGAAAACAAUCAUGAAAUGAUUUUGCAUCAACUGGGUCAAUUCAUAAAUGGCCGAAGCAUAAGUCUGAAGGUGAGCUCGACUUUUUACCAGGACCAGGAGAGGUUUACGUCUCCUUGGGCUCGGGAUCUAGGGGAUGAAGAUAGAUUUGAACGUGUGAUCUCUAUCCUGGGACGGAUACUAAGGGAUGACAAGAAACUCCAAGCUCUCUACCAUAUGCUGGUCAUGAUGACUCCGUCUGUUAAAACCUCUCUACAUAUUCAGACCAAUCCUGAUCUGCAGAGGAUACAGAUUCGACUGGUUCAGCUUAUCUACAGAUAUCUCUCAACUACAGCUCAAGAUUCAUCAAACCUUGAUCAGGAGAUCUGUCUCAAGGAUUCAAGCUGAUCCUAGUCCUGGAUACCGGGAUACAAGCUUAUCCUAGUCCUGGAUAUCUUUAUGUUUCUUAAUGAGGUGUUUGUUAACUGGUUAUUUUUAAUAUACAAUAUUCAUGAAGCAU